AAAAUAAAAAGUAAAAACAUACCGAUCAUUAAAAUAACCUAGAAAUCCCAAAAUUAUAAAAUUAAAAGCAAUAUUUCUGUAUUAUAAUGAAGUUAACAUUUGUGCUUUUUCGUCGUAAUCGACUGCCAAAUGGACAUCUGUUUAGAGGUAAAGAUAGGCUAGUUCAAAAAGUGGAACCCAAACAUUUACGUGCUAUCAAGCGAGAUUUCGCCAUCGAAGAACAAAAUAUGUUUUAUUUGCGAUUUCCUUACCUCUCAGAAGCUGAAAGCUAUGGCCACACUAAAGAACUUGGAAGACCAGAAGCAAGAAAAGAAGCAUUGUUGGACAAGUCAAGAAGGCUUUUUAAGAAGGAUGUAACUCUGUAUGAAAGGCUUCAGCACCUCAGAGUCAAAGAAUCAUGGGAUGACUAGGUCCACUACUAUAAUAGUACAGAUUGAUCACACAUUAUACAUGUUCUUCAGAACAGGAAUUAUGGGUUAGUACAGAAACAAAGUCACCAUCAUCAGCCUGUUCAGUCCUGCUGAAUAAACACCUCUCCCAUGACUUGCCACAGAGCUUGAGCUACCCUUCUCCAAUCCCUGUCUGUCUCCAUCUUAGAGAAACAUAAACAUGCAAAA